GGUACCUUCACCUUACUCGUAUUAACUGUAGUACCUUUGAAACGUUUUCAAGAUAAAGAGUAAAACUGAAUAAAAUGUCAUGAAAUUUGCUCCAUCUUAGACUCAUUUUUAUGACUCACGAAAUAUUUAGGAAGGGCAAGGUAUUUGCAAUUUGCUGCCUAUGCGUGGCAGUAAAGGCUUCACCAAGCCAAUGGGGAUCAUCUAGCUCAGGAAAUCAACAACUGGAAGGCGUUCCAGACCUCGAAACCUUUGGAAAAAUCAAAUACCCAAAAUAUAAUAUUCUGGAUCUUGGUGAAUACUCUCACGAUCAUCUGCCUGGAGAUGAAAUUAAAGUUAUAAAAGAAAGCAAAAUAACCAUCCCUCAACCUUAUCCAGUAAAAAUCCCAGUUCCACAUCCUUAUCCAGUGCACAUUGAAAAACCGUAUCCAGUUCACGAGACUAAAAUCGUAAAAGUUCCGUAUCCUGUUCCUCAAAUAGUCGAAAAAAAAAUACCUUAUCCUGUAGAAGUUCCUAAACCUUAUCCAGUGCCAGUUCAUAGCCACGAAAGUGAUCAUGGAGAUGCUUUGUCCCAGCUUCAAGGAAGCGGUGGCUAUGGAGGUAAUAUUGGAGGUCAUCAAGCUGUUGAAAGUAACUCUUAUGGCGUGGAAGAACAACAUGCGGAAUUACCAUCAAAUGAGGGAGUAGAAUAUAGUAUUGGCGGAGGUAGUAAUCCUUACGAACCGAAAUCCUUGGAAGUUGAUACCAGUGGACAGAGUGAAGGUUGGCAGCCUAUUGGAGAAGAGGAGGAACAUAACUAAUCUAGUAUAUUAAAAUCCAGAUAUUAAGCCAAUGUAAGACUGUUUGUUUUGUGUUUUUUGUUAAUUUGUUUGUUGUACAUAUUUUUUUAAUAAAAUUUUAAUAAAAUGCAA